ACUUAGCUCACUUGUUCUCCUCUCCCAGCAAAAUCUUCCCUUUCAAACCCACCAAAUGCUUGGGAGGAACCAAAACCCAAGCCCUCUUUUUCUCUCUCGCUUUCUCACCAUCCAAACAAGUACGUGAGCUUGAUUCCCUCCACAUCCAAAGAUAUUAGCUCCCUUUACUUGGAAGUGUAUGUAAAGAUAUCAAAAUUUUGGGUUUCUUGGGGUUUGCUUCACAAUUUGGUCUGGUUGGAUGGAGACUGCACUGGAAAAAUCAAUUCUUGGUCAUCCCUUGUUCGUUCCCGGAAAGAAACUCUCAUGUUUCAUGCAUCAGAACCGGAAUUUGAAGUUGCCAACGAAGUUUGCCGCAAGUAAUCAUCGAUACCCAUUUUGGGUUCAAUCGAAUUUUGCCAAACCGUAUAGUUUGACGGGCUUUUUUGUUUCACGAUUGGCUAAAACUGGUAAGUAUGAUAGAAGUAUGCAUUUAAAGUCCCUUGGUAGGGAUAGAGAGCAUCUGGGUAUUGAAGGAAAAGUGGUUUCGGUGGCAAAUUCGAAAUUCGUGAGAGUUUUGAUAAAAUGUGGAAUCGUUUUGGGAGCUAUGGUUUGUGGGGUUUUGGUGUUUGGUUGCAAGGGAGUGUUUGCUGAGGGAGGCGUGGUGAGUGUUGGACAGGAGACAUUGUUGUUGAGCAAUGCGUUGCCGAAGGUUUUGCAGCUUUUGAGGGUUUUCAAGGAGCAGGGUUUGGUGUUGGCAGCGCUACUGGGUCUCUCAGCAUUCUUCUCAAUGGCUGAGACUGCAAUAACCACAUUGUGGCCGUGGAAGAUUCGUGAGCUGGCUGAGAAAGAGUCUGACAAUGGUGUCUUCAAAAUGCUGCAGAGUGAUGUUACACGGUUUUUGACAACUAUUCUUAUUGGCACAACCGUUGUCAACAUUGGAGCUACUGCAUUAGUGACAGAUGCGGCAACAGCAAUAUUUGGUGAAGCUGGUGUUAGUCCGGCCACUGGAGUAAUGACUGUUGCCAUAUUGCUGCUUACUGAGAUCACUCCAAAAAGUUUGGCUGUUCAUAAUGCUGCAGAGGUUGCUAGAUUUGUGGUUAGGCCAGUGGCUUGGCUUUCCUUGAUUUUAUAUCCUGUGGGAAGGGUUGUGACAUAUCUUUCAAUGGGAAUGCUAAAGGUUCUUGGUCUCAAAGGCCGAAGUGAACCAUCUGUCACUGAACAAGAGCUGAAGCUGAUGCUUCGAGUGGCAGAAUCGAGUGGGGCAAUAGAGGAGGAGGAACAGGAUAUGAUUGAAAAUGUGCUGGAGAUAAAGGAUACACAUGUUAGAGAAGUGAUGACACCUCUUGUUGAUGUAGUAGCAAUUGAUGCAAGUGCAACUCUUAUAGAUUUCCACAACUUAUGGGUGACCCAUCAAUAUUCAAGGGUCCCCGUUUUUGAACAACGUGUCGACAACAUAGUGGGUAUUGCAUAUGCCAUGGAUCUCUUGGAUUUUGUUCAGAAAGGUGAGCUGCUAGAAAGUACUGAUGUUGGGGACAUGGCUCACAAACCUGCAUUUUUUGUGCCUGAUUCAAUGUCAGUGUGGAAUCUUCUUAGAGAGUUCCGCAUCAGGAAGGUUCACAUGGCUGUUGUUCUUAACGAAUAUGGUGGAACUGUUGGAAUAAUAACCCUAGAAGAUGUGGUUGAGGAGAUCGUUGGUGAAAUCUUUGACGAAAAUGAUUCAAAAGAAGAGAUCCAGAAGAAAACUGGGUAUAUUGUUAUGCGAGCGGAGGGAAUAUAUGAUGUUGAUGCUAAUACAUCUAUCGACCAACUCUCUGAAGAUCUGAAUAUCAAAAUGCCAGAGGACCAUCAAUAUGAGACGGUAUCCGGUUUUAUAUGUGAGGCAUUUGGAUAUAUUCCAAGGACAGGUGAAAGUAUUAAAGUAGUCCUUGAGAAGGCGAAUCAAGAAGAGGACAAUGAACAUACUGAAGCUGGUUCUGACCGGCAAGAUCUAAAAGAAAAAAGUCACGUUUAUAAACUUGAGAUAUUAGAAGGAAAUGCUAGAAAGGUCAGUGCUAUUCGGUUUGAACGCAUAAACAAUAGUGAUGAGAUUUUGGAGGCCAAAGAGUUAACUCGCUUGGUUCCCAAAAUCAUGAGGAGGAGAUGGAGCAGUGAUGAAGAUUCAGAUAAUACUGGUUAUGAGCAUUCGUCCCAAAAGAAACAUGAGGAUGGCCUUUCUGAUGAGUAUGUCGUUGCUGACCUUGACGAAGAAAAUGAGAACUCCAGUAGAAGGAGGGCGAUGGAGGAAUGAACGGAAGUGGAAUCACAGCCUUUGCUACUACCCAUCACAGGAAGUAGUGGAGUCUUUCAAUGAAACUGAAUAAGGUGCCCUGACUUCCGAUUUCUGUAUUGUUAUAUAUAGGACAUGAAUGUGCAAUGCACUCUCUGUUGAUGUAAAAGGAAAAGGUGGAAUCAGCAGCUGAUUGCAAAGUCCAAGAAACAAGGCAACGGUAUGCGGUCAGUUUGAGAAGUUUUGAGUUGGUUGAUGUGAUGAGAUAAACGAAAGUACUUGUUUAGGGACCAAAGGGUGGGAAUGAAGAUCCAAAAUGCUGUGGAAGUUUGUUCUUGGAAGAGUUUCUUUAGGGGGAAUAAAGGGAUGGGUUAUGCCCUGUCGGCUUAUUCCUUGAGUCGCUAUUGCUCUGGAGUAGAUGGUGCCCCCCUUUUUCUGAUGGUGAUCCCUUAUUUGGUGGUGCAUUGUUGGGAUCUUUUUAUUUUAUCAUUUUCAUUCUGUUUUUAGUUUGGCGGAAUGCAUAAAGGAAAAGAAACAACUAGGGUUGCCGAUGUAAAGGCCGGACAAAGAGUUGGGAUGGAGAAUCAUUUUUUCCUGUUUUUUUCUUGAUUGAAGUUUUUGAUGGUUAUGAAAUAGAACCAUAACCUGCCAAAUGCAACAUCCUCUGCUCCUCUGUCUCCUCACCCCACACCACACACAAUCUCUUCCUUACAUUUUCUGUUGUCUUGGAGUUGUUUGGAUGGAAAUGACAUUGGAUGUGCAGAGGAAAUGAUGUAGAGAUUAUGUACCGGAUACAUCUAUGGCUGUUUCUUGUUUGGAAGGUUCUGUAGAGCAACUUAAACGUAUUGGUUGUGCUUUGAAUUUGAAAUUGAUCAAUUUGGAGGCAUCCUUGCAA